UGUACUGUAGAACACCUCUUUAACCUGAAGUUUGCAGCAAAAGAACUUAGCAGGAAUUCAAAAAAGUGUGACAAAGAAGAAAAGGCUGAAAAGGCUAAAAUAAAGAAGGCAAUCCAGAAGGGUAAUACGGAAGUUGCAAGAAUACAUGCAGAAAAUGCAAUCCGACAGAAGAAUCAGUCAAUCAACUUCUUGCGCAUGAGCGCCAGAGUAGAUGCGGUAGCAGCAAGAGUACAAACUGCAGUAACAAUGGGCAAGGUAACAAAGUCAAUGGCAGGUGUAGUUAAAUCUAUGGAUGCCACACUGAAGAGCAUGAACCUGGAAAAGAUAUCUGCCUUAAUGGACAAAUUUGAGCACCAGUUUGAAACAUUAGAUGUUCAGACACAACAGAUGGAAGAUACAAUGAGCAGCACUACUACGCUAACAACGCCACAAAAUCAAGUGGAUAUGCUUCUACAGGAAAUGGCAGAUGAAGCAGGUCUUGAUCUGAACAUGGAACUCCCUCAGGGGCAGACAGGUUCUGUUGGCACAAGCGUGGCUUCAGCAGAACAGGAUGAGUUAUCGCAGAGACUGGCCCGCCUACGUGAUCAAGUUUAACUUAAAGAACGAAAGUUGCGGUUCUCUGCAUUCUGUCUAUAACUUAACCCAUCACUACAAUAGGAACGUUUCAUACAGUCUGUCCUGGAUGUUUAAAUAUUUGUACUAUAAUAUAUUUCACUUCUGGCUUGCUAUCCUUUCUAAAAUACAUUAAGUAAUUCAGAAGUAUCAUGCUACUUAAUGUGUUCUCUGUACAGUACAUUUUGAGGCUGGGAGUAUAUUUUUGCAAAUUCUUUUCACAGAAAUGUUGAAAUUCUAAGUCAGCUAAUUUUGGCUUGUUCUUGUUGAAACAAAAACAGACCGCCUUUAAUAUGUAAUAUUUUAAUUAUGGUGUGUAUUUUUUUUAAAUUCUGAAGAAUACAGUUGGAGAAUCUUGUGUGCACUUCAGAUGGUUGUUGCAGUUCACUUCCUUACACAGCAGAAGUCAUGGAACACAGAGAUGGACAGUGUUGUCUGUGUCUUAAAAUGCCUAUUAAAACAGAUUGUUAGACUUGAGUACAUUUUUGGUGUGCUAAAAAUGCAGUAAUUGUGCUACAGCUUAAUGAUCUCAGUUCAAAAACUGGCUACCAAAAGUAGUCUUCAGAUAAAUCUGAAUUUGUAUGGCAUCAUCACUCCAGUUGAGGAGGAAUAAAAUAUAUUUUUAUUUUAAAUAUCUGUUGAUCCCAUUAGAUAUUGUAGCCAUUUACUUUUCUGGAGUACCUUCUGGAGAAGUUGCAAUAUUCAGGUUUCAUCUUGCUCUCUUCCUCCAGUCUUCUGUGGUCUGGGUCACAACAUGGCCUUCAAGCUAAGACAUUCACAUGCUCACUCCUUCCAAGGUACCUUUCAGGUGGAACGCUUAACAGUUUUUCUUGCUUUUGGGAUAUAGUUCAGCAGUCUCUUUCCCCUUCAGAGGUUGAUAGGGAAAUAAAGACCCAUCAACUCAUGGGUUUUAACUGAGGCCCUUACAUUAAGAAACCAAAGCCAGCAUUUCUUUCACCCCUUGCUGCUUCCUACUUCAAGCCUUCCUUAAGACCCUUUCUCUCUCAAAGGCCUCCUUUGUGUCGCUGCAUUUGCCACCUAAGCCUUCUAGGCUAUAAACUCUCUUCCCCAAGUUUACAGGCCCUAGAGCCCUCUCCCCAUCAGAUGCACUCUGUAUGGGAACAACCUACCUGCACUGAAUUGUUGGCCUGCCUUUUUCUCUUAAAUCUAGUCCCCAUUCCCCUACCUGAAAUGGGGGAACAGGAUAGGUUCCUGAUUUAAUCUGAUUUGAACAGGAUGGGUAAGUCCCAAUCCUUGAUAUUAAAGGGGCAUAUUGACCUACUCUUUCUCACUCUAGGUGAGCAAAAUGACUAUAUAUUAUAUUGAAUAAAUGCCUGUUGUUCUUGAACUCUCUUCCAUAUGUUUUGCAAAAACAAGGGUUAUAUUCUGCAUAUGCAUUAAUAAUGUAGUUUGUAAUGUUUUUGUUUAGAUGAAACAGGGUAAGCUGUCCAAACUUUACUUGCACUUACAUUUGCUUUAAACAGAGUACUACCGUUGUCAUCAUCACAUUUCCAAGGUCUCCAUGCAGUUUUUAUUUAAGAAAAUAUUUAUGGAAAUGUAUAGUCAAAGCUAUUUGUGACAUCCUCUGAUAAACAAUGAUGUAUCAAAACCCUUCUACUUUUAAAUUAAAAAUCUCUGCACUUUGUUUCCUAA